AUGACAACGACGAAUGUAGUGUUGAACAAACAUCGGAAAAAGCUAGGGUUUGCGAAUGAACUUGCUCCAUAUCACUUAGGAGGCUCAUUCCAAGAGGACUUGGCUAUACUACAAGGCCGGCCUCCUCCCGAAACGUCUAGAGAUCUCCUAUUCCUGGCCAGAAGCUCUCUUGCCAGCCAAUAUCUCCAACCGGCGCACCCUUACAUUCGGAUCUCUGCCAAUCAACCAAGCCUAUUGAGCUAUGCGGGAAACCUCGAGGAGUUUGAAGAGAAGCGGCGGGCAGUUAUCCACCGACCCGUAGUUUUUAUCUCCCACACACUUGGUGGACUUCUGGUCAAGGCAGUGAUGAGAGAGUCUUUAGAGACCAACUCCAUGUCUCCGGGAUAG